AUGGCGGGCCUCGGCGAUGAUCUGCUUGUCACCGUGAACAAGCUUCAGGAUUUGGUCUUCAACACCAUUGGGAACGAUUCCCUCGACUUGCCGCAAAUCGUUGUCGUUGGUUCCCAAUCGUCGGGGAAAUCCUCAGUGCUCGAAAAUAUCGUUGGUCGCGACUUUCUUCCUCGAGGUAGUGGCAUUGUAACGAGAAGACCCUUGAUCUUGCAACUGAUCAAUGUUCCUGGCGAACACGACAACGAAUCUGAAAAUGGUCAGGCAAUCGCUCCGCAUACUGCAAACAGUGUCGCCACCUACGGCGAGUGGGCGGAAUUCCACCAUCUACCAGGGAGAAAAUUCGACGACUUUGGUCAAGUCAAACAAGAGAUCGAAAACGAAACUGCCAGGAUUGCUGGAAGCAACAAAGGAAUCAACCGCCAGCCCAUUAACUUGAAGAUCUUCUCUUCUCAUGUCUUGAACCUGACCCUAGUGGAUUUGCCUGGCCUGACUAAAGUCCCUAUCGGCGAUCAACCAACCGACAUUGAAAAACAGACUCGCACCCUUAUUUCCGAGUACAUUGCAAAGCCAAACAGUAUCAUUCUCGCCGUCUCCCCAGCGAAUGUGGACCUGGUAAACUCGGAAGCUCUAAAACUGGCGCGUCAUGUAGACCCCAUGGGCCGGAGAACAAUUGGCGUUUUAACAAAGCUGGAUCUUAUGGACCAUGGAACUAAUGCGUUGGAUAUCCUAUCUGGCCGGGUUUACCCACUGAAGCUCGGUUUCAUCGGUGUGGUCAAUCGCUCCCAGCAAGACAUUCAGAGUGGAAAGUCAUUGGAUCAGGCCUUGAAAGCAGAGGCCGAUUUCUUCAGGCACCAUCCCGCAUAUCGAAACAUGGCAAUCCGCUGCGGAACACAAUUCCUCGCCAAGACGCUGAACUCAACCCUGAUGUCCCAUAUCCGCGACCGGUUACCCGACAUCAAGGCUCGACUCAACACUUUGAUGGGCCAGACGCAGCAGGAGCUUGCCAGCUACGGGAACAAACAGUUUAGCGGCAAGGAACAUAGAGGCUCUUUGAUAUUGCAGUUGAUGACACGAUUCGCGUCUUCAUUCAUUUCAUCCAUUGACGGAACAUCCUCGGAAAUAUCGACAAAGGAACUAUGCGGCGGUGCACGAAUUUACUACAUCUUCAAUUCGGUUUUUGGAAAUUCACUAGAAACUAUAGACCCAACACACAACCUCACCGCGUACGACAUUAGAACUGCUAUACGCAACUCCACUGGACCUCGACCCAGCUUAUUCGUGCCUGAACUGGCCUUUGACCUUUUGGUGAAACCACAAAUCAAAUUGCUGGAAAUUCCUAGUCAAAGAUGCGUGGAGUUGGUUUACGAGGAGUUGAUAAAGAUAUGCCACACCUGUGGUUCUCAGGAGCUGUCUCGAUUCCCUCGGCUGCAGGGAAAACUUAUUGAAGUGGUGUCAGAUCUUCUCCGCGAACGUCUUGGCCCCUGUUCUACCUAUGUUGAGUCGCUCAUUUCUAUCCAGAGGGCCUAUAUUAACACAAACCACCCGAACUUCUUGGGAGCUGCGGCUGCGAUGUCUUCUGUCAUACAGAACAAGCAGGAACAAGAGAAAAAGGCUCUGCUGGUAGAAGAACGUAAGAAGCGUGAAAAAAGAAGACUCAAAGAGCUGGGUGAAACCAACGGAGCCGAGGACGAAGAGGACCAGAACCACGACCACAAAUCCAAGGCCCUCCCCGUGCGUGGCAAUGCUACUGGAAGGAGCAUGUCACCCAGUGUUUCUAAAGGCGUGGAAGCGUUUGGUUCUAAUGUGAAUGGAAUGCAACAAAGCAACCCUGCGCUUGGAACGGCAAACUCGGCUCGCGACUCUUUUUUGAAUUACUUUUUUGGCAAGGAUGGCAUGCCCUCAGCAGGACCUCUUCCUCAGCCGACUUCUGGACAAAACCGACGCGCUGCCCAUUCUGGCGAGCCCAGCAUUAGCCAAAGCAUUCGCCGUAAUGAGCCUCGCUCACCCGUGUUGACGCAAGACGAAUACAACGUUGCCGCUUCCGAGUAUGGAAAUGAUAUUUCUCAAUUCCCCAACGACAACAUCGAGCCUAAUCUCACCGAAAGAGAAAUACUAGAGACCGAGUUGAUCCGACGGCUGAUCUCGUCGUAUUUCAACAUCGUGAGAGAAACAAUCGCAGACCAAGUGCCCAAGGCUGUCAUGCACCUUCUCGUCAACCACAGCAAAGACGUUGUCCAGAACCGGCUUGUCAGUGAGCUCUACAAAGAAGACCUUUUCGGCGACCUUUUGUAUGAAGACGAUGGAAUCAAAGCAGAACGCGAAAAGUGCGAGAGGUUACUUGAAACCUAUAAGGAGGCAGCAAAGAUCGUUGGCGAGGUAUUGUAG